CCAGUCAUCAUGCGGUUAAGGGAACAACCCAUGCCAGUGGUGAACGCGGCGGAUGGACUUGCGCCGGCUCUCUUCCGGCAUAUAUCCCUUUCUUCCUUAUGCUGCUCCUCUCCCCUCCUAGGGCUUCCCACUCACUCCCACAAAAUAUCUAGCAACUACUCUUCCAUAUUCUUCCCCAAGCAUGUGGCUCUGCUCCACCAUCGACGUAAUCGAGUACACUGUGCUGCACCUGCACCGCCUGCUCCAUUUGCCGGGGAUAAUUGCAGUCAUCAUGUUCUCGUACUGGGAGUCCGUAUACUGCCUAUUGCACCGGUUCUUCCCCAGCCAGCAUAAUGGCCAACAAAAGAUUGCACAGAUGGUCUCUGCCCACAAGGCCAAACACAGCGGCCAGAAAAGGCGCCUGGCAGUAGUCACGGGAGCCGCCAACGGCAUUGGCUAUGAGACAGCUAAGGCUCUGGGCAUGGCAGGAUACACGACCAUUCUGGCGUGCCGCAACAUGAAGCGGGCACAAUGCGCAUUGGAGCUGCUGCAGUCGCAGACCGGGCUGAUGGACACAUUUGAGGUCAUGGAGCUCGACCUGGCGUCAUUCACAUCAAUCAAACGCUUCACCGACGAGUUCUCGGGCAAAUACCAGCAGCUGCAUGUGCUGUGCUGCAAUGCCGGCGUCGCAUUCAACCAGUUCGACACCACGUACGAUGGCAUUGAGUCGCAGUUUGGCACCAAUUACGUCGGCCACUUUGUCCUGAUCGACCAGCUCUUGCCGACUAUGAAGCAGUCCGGGCCUGCCCGUAUCACCAUUGCGUCGUCCAUUGCCGCCUGCAUGGUCCACACGCUAGACUACAAAAGAGUGACCGAUAUCUGGCGCUACGACCGGUUUAUUAACUACUCGACCAGCAAGCUCGCGCUCAUGAUGCUGUCGGCAGCCCUGGCCAGGCGUCUCAAGGACUCGCAGGUCACAGUCAAUGCGUUCCACCCUAGCCUGACUGCCACCGGGCUGUACAGACAUGUGCUGUUUUCCACCCUGCCUGGCAUCCACCAGUUCCGCACCUGGCUGUGGCUCAACCAGGUCAAUGGCUCAGUGACCUCGGUGUAUCUGGCGCUGUCCGACAGGCUCGAGGGCAAGACCGGCGGAUACUAUGCACGCGAGCAGCCGACUGUCGUCCAUCCCGAUGCUGUGAGCGUUGAGAAGCAGGACCGGCUGUGGAAGUUCACCGAGGUGCUGGUUGCUGCCAACACCCACGAGCCGACCGUGCUCUCCAGCAUCAAUACCCCCAAGGACAGCUAGAAUAUAUGAGUUUUUACAGUCCAAAAGCGUGCUGUCUGCUAGCAU